AUGCUGAUAUAUCCUACCCUCCUUACCGCCGCUUUUGCGGCCACUGCCACGGCGGCUGCCAUCCCUGGUCCUGUCGAUACCACAAGCAACAAAGGCACCGCUUCACUGGUUCAAGUCCGCAAUCCGAACUUCGAGUUCAGACAUGGCCCCCUUGCGUUGGCGAAAGCAUAUCAGAAGUUCGGCGCCCCAAUUCCAGAGGACCUCAGAGCCGCCGUCGCUAGGUUUCGUCAGGGCCGGAAUCAGAAGCGACAGACGGGCACUGUGGAAACGGACGCCGAGAAGCACGACGUCGAGUAUCUGACACCCAUCUCCAUUGGUACUCCACCGCAAAAUCUCAUUGUUGACUUCGACACAGGGUCUAGCGACCUCUGGGUCUUCAGCACGGAGAUGGCCGCGAAGGAUAUCAAAGGCCAGGCUGUGUACGAUCCGAACAACAGCUCCACAUCUGAGAAGCUCCAGGGCUCAACUUGGCAAAUCACCUACGGCGACGGCAGCUCCUCGAGCGGUGACGUCUACCUCGACACGGUCACGAUUGGCAAUUUGACUGUCCCUAAUCAAGCUGUAGAGGCGGCCACGAAGGUUUCGGACGAGUUCACCGACGACGCCAACAAUGAUGGCUUGUUGGGUUUGGGCUUCAGUUCCAUCAACACAGUUCAGCCUACACCACAGAACACGUUCUUCGACAACAUCAAGAACAACCUUGACGCACCUCUGUUUACUGCUGAUCUGAAGCACGGGGCCCCGGGCAGCUACAACUUCGGCUACAUUGAUCCUGCAGCAUAUGUUGGCAAUAUCAGUUGGACGCCUGUUGACAGUAGCCAGGGCUUUUGGAGCUUCACCUCUCCAGGAUAUGCGGUUGGAACUGAAGCGAUGCGUAAUCACUCAAUCAGUGGUAUUGCCGACACCGGAACCACGCUGCUGCUUCUACCCAAGUCUGUCGUCAAAGCAUACUAUGAAGAGAUUCAGGGCGCCCAGUACGACAGUAACCAGGGCGGUUAUGUUUUCCCUUGCAGCCCUACUCCACCGGACUUUGUCUUUGGCGUCAGCGACGGCAUUGUUACUGUUCCAGGAGACAUGGUCUCGUAUGCACCAGUUGAUAGUGCCAACCAAGACUGUUUCGGUGGCAUCCAAAGUGAUACAGGCAUCGGAUUCUCGAUCUUUGGCGACGUCGCACUUAAGACUAGCUUUGUCGUGUUUGAUGCUGGCGGCUUGCAGCUUGGUUGGGGGGCAAAGAACCUAUGA